CCAGUGGUGUAAUUUCUGGUAUAAUCAGUGGAGAGCAAUUCAAGUGUUCCUUGCUGGGGAUUUAGCAGUACCGACACGCAAGUGUCCUGGGAUAUCGGUGGAUAUUUUUCUUCUGCAUUCCGAAACAAACUCCACCCAUCAAGAGAGGCUAGAAAAAGUGGGAAGAAAAAGAAAUGAAAACAAGGAAAACAAGAAAACAUGAAUUAGGCAAAUGGAAUGUCCAUGCUCCUUCAAACGUCAGUUCGAAGCCAUGUCAGUUACAGAUGUGGCAGAUGGGGAGAGGUGGAUCCGCAAGUCAUUUAUACAUCAGGCUUUCCAAAAAAAAAAUACUUCCGCAAAGAAUGCACUGAUGUUUUCUUGCUCAAAGGAAAGAUUGGGAGUCCCUAUCUUCUGCUUCUAGCUCCUAGAAGGAACAUUUAAGCGGUUGCAGGGGGAUGAGCACAGUGGAGUAAACAGCCAGCCUACUGGGGGAGAGACACGGGCCUUCUGCUGUCAGAAAUUUGGGAUCUCCUCUCCUGCAGAACCACUCUGGUGUUUUGCGCUAAACAGGAAGGGACGUUAAAGGGGGGUCGUUUUUAAAUGCUAAAGUACAGCCAGUGGAGCAGACGCUAGAGGCUGCUGAACGAGAGGAGAUAGAGAGCGGUCGGCACGGACGCCAUGGAAAACCCGCUUCUGGAGUCGAAGGCCGAACGGAUCGCCCGCUACAAGGCAGAGAGGAGGCGGGAGCUGGCAGAGCGUUUCGGGAACAUGGAGGAGCUCCCGUCCAAAUACGUGCGGAGGGAACGGAGGGAGGCUCGCGACACCCCGCCCCUCACCCGUCCGGAGAACGAGGGCACUGGCGGGGACUCUAAUGCUAAUGCUAACGGCCAAGCAGAGUUAGGGCGGCCUCGAUGGAGAGCCGCCUCGGACACAGCGACCCAGCCUCUCCCGCCGAAAAUCUCCAACGGCACAGAAGCCGACCCCCACGCAGACAGGCAGUGGUCCCAGACUGCUGGGGGGCUGCGUGAGGGGGGUGAAGAUGUGGACACCCCUGCCCACAAUGCCUUGCAGCUUCGCACGCGGGUGUCGGUGGGCCGGCUGAGGAGCGCCCUGCUGCAGCAGAGCGGACCGCAGCCAGAAAGAGCCGCCGAUGGCGGGUCCGUGGCCUCUUCCCUGGACUUGGCGGGAGGUUCAGGGUCCGAGGGGCGCCGCCGCACUCGACGCUACCUGCCAGAGGGGGCGGCCGGGAGCCGCAAGACCAACGAGCGAUUCCGGACCCAGCCGGUUACGGCCACGGAAGUGCAGGAGAGUGCCGGCUUAAAUGAAACUGAAGAAGGGGACACCCAGAAAGCUGACGUGAAAACGGACGAGAGAGCCAAGAUGAGCGUCGCUGCCAAGAUGUCUCUCUUCAAAGAGCUGGAGAAGACUGCGACCCCCUCCUUCAUGAAGCCCCGCCCUAGGAGCUGCACGUCCGAUUGGCGGAGUCGCCAUGCCAACGAUUACAGGGCGCUCACGCAGCCGGUCACCACUGAGGAGGUGGUGGAGGCUAUCAGACUUCCCAUGCCAGCUGGAAGGGCCGGGGAGCAGGGCAGGAACCAGGGCGGGGAGCAGGGCGGGGAACAGGCUGGGGAACAGGGCGUGAAGCAGGGCGAGCCGCAGACCGACGGGAAUGGGCUGGAGGUAGAGAAGCCAGAGAUGGAAGAUGAGAGCUCCAAGCUGAGCAUGAGUGAGAAACUGGCCCUCUUCAACAAGCGGGCGGAGCCCGAGAGGAAGGCCCUGCCAAUCUCCACGGAUGCCCCGGAGAAGCGCAGGCAGAAGGGGGCGCGAUACCGCACCCAGCCAAUCACCAUGGACGAGGUCAAACUGCUUCAGCAGGGAGCGGUGCAGCUGCCGGUCCUGAGCCUCCCUGCGCACCUGUGCGACCGGCAGCAGGGCGAGUCCGUCAACCUGAAGCCCAGCGAGGUGUGCCGCCAGCCGCCCGCGCUCCAACCGGAGCCCCCCCACCCCGCCCCGGUUCAGCUCCUGAGCUGCGAGCCACGGGAGAUCCGGGGCAUCCUGAAGAACCCCAACCGCCCCAGGAGCCAGCCGGAGGCGCUGGUGGGCCAGGACCGAAACGGCGAGGGCACGUUCGGCAGCGAGGUCUACGCCCCCGUCGCCCCCUGGAGGAGGAGGGCCAGGAGCAGGACCACCACCCCCAUUUUUGGCGAACUGCCGCGCCCCCCACCCCGCAGGUCCCGUGGGAAGCCACUGGUCCCGAAGGACUCCGGCGCCCCGGUCGAGCAUGGCCAGGGGCCACACAGCGGGUUGGCUGAGCCCUGCAGUGCUGACACAGAGCAGCAGAGUGCUGUUAAGCAUAGUGAGGGCAGUCACCUGGUCCAGCUGUCCUUACCAGAACACAACACCCAACUGCAGGACACUGAGAACUCCUGUAGGGCGAAGGUUGAGAAUGAGAUUUCCCAUGGUGCUGCUGAUCACUCUGUGUGCUGGGAGCCUGUAUUCUCCUCCCUCUUUGUACCUGCUAGCCCCACCUCCCAGUACGUUCUGUGUUACAACCAGACCACUCAGGCUUAUGAGGCUCAAGAGCUAUCCUCUCCCACUGAGGGAAAUGUUACAUCCCCCUGGAGACAGAAGAGUGCCGCUACAGAGGUGGAGGCCAGCGUGCCAUUGGCUGAGCGAGCGUGUGUCCUGCAGGAGGAGGAGCAGCGGGAGGUCAAGGGUCACACCACCUCCAACGACUCCGCCCAGUAUGUGGUCGCAGAACGCACGGCAGAGACAGAGACCUCUGCUCAUCCCCAACUGGAACCUGAGGAGGAUAAGAGCCUUGACAAGCCUGAAAGCAAAGAAUCAGCCCAGAGAGAGACCCCGAUGGAGGUGGCAGCCGAGGCGGUGAUGGAGGUGUCGACGGUGGACGGUGAGGAGGUCCGGGGCCUCCACCCCAGCAGCCCCCUCCACGUAGAGCAGGACUUCAGCUGUAUCCUCCAGUCCGACUCACCCAAGUUGACGUCCUCAGUAGCGGAUCAUAAGCGGGCGGUGCGUCCGGCCCGUAAGACCCAGGGCUCACGGAACCCCCUGCGUGUGCUGGCUGCCCGUGAGGACAUCCGUCUGGACUACACAGAGCAACGCCCCAGCGUGACCUCACCGACGGAGAAGAUGGCCAAGAAUCCCAGCCUAUCAGAUGAGUCUCCAGCGGACCCGGCCAAUAAGGAGAAUUGUGAUGCCAACCAUUGCAACACCAAGCCCAGCGAAGCUGUGACUAACAGCUACCUGCCAUACUGCGCACUCAUGCUCCUCCACAUCAAAGGUCGAAGGCAUGUCCAGGUGCGUCUGGUGGAGCCCAUGGCCCGGUCCUUGAACAGCGGUGACUGCUUCCUUCUGGUCACGCCCAAUCACUGCUUCCAGUGGAACGGCGAAUUCGCCAACCCUAUGGAGAAAGCCAAGGCCUCAGAGCUGGCUUCCUGGGUGCAGGCACAGGGGGAUUUGGGGUGCUCUGCCCCUCAGGUGACCCUCCUGGAGGAGGGCAGAGAGACAGACAGCAGCCUGGCCCAGGAGUUCUGGGAUCUGCUGGGAGGAAAGGCUCAGUACAGAGGAGCUGGAGAUCCAGAGGAGGAUGAGCAGUUUGAGAGUGGGGUGGUUGAGUCGAACUGCGUGUUUCGGAUGAUGGAGGACAGGCUGGUUCCCCAUGACGAUGCCUGGGCCGCCAUCCCCACGGUCAGCCUGCUCAAGUCCACCGAGGUGCUGGUCUUUGACUUUGGCAGUGAGGUGUAUGUCUGGCAGGGGAAGGAUGUUCUUCUGGGCCACAGGCAGGUGGCGCUGCAACUGGGCAGACAGGUGUGGGGCGGGCCCUACGAUUACAGCAACUGCAGAGUGAACCCUCUCAACCCCUCAGCCGCAAGCACGGAGAUACACAGGAAGGGGGAGGGGCGGCCCAGCUGGGCCCUGUUCGGGUGUCUGUCGGAGCAGAACGAGACCGCACUCUUCAGAGAGAAGUUUCUGGAUUGGGCUGGGAAGGCCGGAGCCCCGGUGGAGAUGCCUGUGGAGGAACUAAAGCAGGAGAAGACUGGUUUCGGCGUGACAUCAUCCCAGCCGUCUCCUCCCUUGCUGGCUCCCGUGACCCCUGACCCCCCCGAGGCAGAGCUACAGCCGUGUGACGCCCGGGCCCUGCUGACGGCGGGGGCCGGGCCGGCGGGCACCAUCUUAGACGGCAUGGACGUGCAGAGGGGGCGUGGCCUGGUGAGGGGGGAGGACGGCCAGCAGGCGGAGCUGAGCACCGUUGCCGUGGACGUCUGGAACGUCGGGGAGCUGGACGAGCGACGGCUCUCGCGGGAGAGCGAGGGUCAGCUGCACGAGGGGAACACCUACGCCGUGCGCUGGAAGUACUCUAUCACCAGUGCAGUGGGGCCGGAGCAGCCUCUGGGUGAGGGGGGCAGUGCUGCUCCAGGGCAGGAGCACUGUGCCUGUUUCCUGUGGCAGGGCCGGAGCUCCAGCAUCAGCAGGACGGACACAUCCUCACUCAUGGAGCUGGGCGACCACACGGGGGCGCAGGUGCUGGUGCCACAGGGGAGAGAACCUCCCUGUUUCCUGCAGCUGUUCCAGGGAGGCCUAGUCAUCCACAAGGGUAGCCAAGAAGACACCAACAACACAGAAGGCUGGCGGUUGUUCUGCGCACGGGGGCAGUUGGCGGAUGAGGGGUCCCUGCUGGAGGUGGACUGCUGCUGUGCCAGCCUGCGUUCCCGCGGCUCCCUCAUCCUGCUGCAUGCCCAGCAGGGGGCGCUGUUCCUGUGGAGCGGUUGCAAGGCCCACUCUAGCACCCGGGAGGUGGGCAGGAGGGCUGCAGAGAAAAUCACACAGACGUGUCCUCCCGAGCUGGGCUUGAGCAGCAGCAGCAGUCUGAAGGUGCAGGAGGUGGAGGAAGGGUCGGAGCCAGUGGAGUUUUGGGAUGCCCUGGGACCAUUGGACAGGAAGGCCUAUGACUGCAUGCUGCAAGACCCUGGAAAGUACAACUUCACCCCACGCCUGUUCCGCCUGGGUGCGAGCACAGGGGUCUUUGAGGGGGAGGAGAUCCUGGGCCCCGCUCGUGUGAUUGGCGUGGUCACGCCCAUGCCUUUCCUACAGGAGAACCUGUACUCUGUACCCCAGCCAGCCCAGUUCCUGCUAGAUAACCACUUGGAGGUGUACCUGUGGCAGGGGGAGGAGCCUGGUGAGGCGGAGCCCCUGGGCUCGGCGCGGAUUCGCUGGGACAGUGAGAGGAAAUGCGCCAUGGAGACCGUGCUUCAGUACUGCAGAGAGAAGAACUCAAGACGGCCCCCCCAGGCCUACCUGAUACAUGCCGGCACUGAGCCCCUGACCUUCACCAACGUCUUCCCCCGCUGGGAGUGGGACCCCAAAACCAGGCCGCAGCAGGGGGAGCCUGUGCGGAGCAAGGUGGUGCUGGUGCGGGAUGCUCUGGCUCGUCUCACUAAAGCCCAAUACUCUGUGGAGGAGCUGCUGAGGCAGCCGCUGCCCCAGGGAGUGGACCCCCUGCGCCUGGAGACCUACCUCUCUGACCUGGACUUCCAAAGAGUUUUGGCGAUGAAGAGGGAAGAAUUCAACUCCCUUCCAGACUGCAAACAACUCAGCUUGAAAAAAAGCAAAGGACUGAUUUGAAAAAAAAAGAAUAAAUAUUAUUCAACUUUUUUUCUGUAUGCAAAUAACAGGAGAAACACUCUGCACUUUUUUGUAUGUUGAAUUUUUAAGAAAAGCAUUUUUUUCUUGUAAAGUGACAAUGCUCAGAUUGUACAUUCUGGAUUAGCCAUGUAUUUACCAUAUCUCAGUGAUGUAUUCUGGGAGGAAAGAUGCCUUUAAGAAAAAGUAAUUUUCUAAAUCUCAAUUCAACUAGAUACAUUGAAGACAAAUCCUUAGUAUACAUGUUGUAUAUUGUAAGUGUAAUGUUUUCCUGUAGCAAAAAUCAUGGAAGAUAUGACAAUAGAGCCAUUCUGAUCCCUAAAAUGGUGCUUAUGGUAAGUGCAAUACAAGGCACAAACUGGCCAGUGUUUAUUCAGAGUAUCCUGAGUAGUUGUUCUACUCUGGUUUUCACAUUCUCAGAGCAGACCUGGGUUCAAGUCGUAUUUGUUUUGGAUUCAAAUUACCUGACAUUACAUUACAUUAUUGGCAUUUGACAGACGCUCUUAUCCAGAGCGGCAUACAGUUGAUUAGACUUAUCGGGAGACAAUCCUCCCCUGGAGCAAUGCUUGCUCAAGGGGCCAAUGGCUGUGCGGAUCUUAAUCUGGCUACACUGGGGAUCGAACCACCGACCUUGCGUGUCCCAGUCAUGUACCUUAACCACUAUGCUACAGGCCACUCUGUUGAUCAUGCCUGUGGCAUUUGAGCCUGUUCGGAGAAGCAGAUGGGGUGGGGUUUACACUUUUGAGAUUAUUUAAUUGGUUCCGAUAAACCAGGCAAGCUUAGUCAAAUGCAGAAAAGUAUUUGAAUACACAGCAAAAACUAUUUGAACCCAGGCCUGUUUCAGAGUAUUAAGGCUAGUUACUCCCGUACUAAAGUGCUCACAAUAGUUACUCAGACCAAUGUGGGGUAACUUCUCUGUAUACUGGUAUGUACGUACUAAGUAUUCAGAGUAGUUACUCUUUGUUGGUUUGUACAUAGUCAAGAGUAUUAAGACUUUACUCCACUCUGGUCUGUAUAUACUCAAAAGGAGUAGUUACUCCACACUAGUCUAUGCAUACUCUCUCCUGUAACAGAGAGAGUACUUUGUCAUCGCAUUGUUCAGGGAUCUGUGGCUCUGAAUCCAGGCUCUGGAUUAGUACCUGACUGAUGAACUGCCUUCAAAGUAAUUAAUUUGUAAAACAUUAUAUUGCUCCUGCGAAAAAAAAUCUGUAGUUUUUUUUUAAAUAAAUGUAACAUGGUGCAA